AAGGUGAAGCCUUCCCCUGUCAACUCGCUAGACGGUAAAAUAAUACCUAGCAAGCAUGAGGAGCAAUUAAAUUAAAGACAAGAUGAAGUCUGCGUUGGUCAUUGGGGCAUCUCGUGGCAUCGGGCGACGCAUCGCUUUGACAUUGAGUAAGAACAAUUAUCAAGUGGGCGUAGCUGCCAAGACAACUGAUCAUACCCUAGAGUUACCCGGCACCAUUUAUUCUGUGACGAACGAGAUUGAGACCUCUGGCAGGACAGCGCUCGCGCUUCCGUGUAAUGUUAGAGAUGAGCAACAGAUUCAAAAUGCGAUACAAAGUUGUCUUGAGGCAUUUGGAGGCCUUGACUUUGUUGUUUAUAAUGCUGGAGCAAUUCUGUGGAAGAAAGUGCUUGACACCCCAGUGAAGCGGUUUGACCUAAUGCAGGAGGUGAACGUGAGAGGUGCAUACAUCAUGAUACAGAAGGUACUGCCUUACUUUCUGGAGAAGAAAGCAGGCAAAAUCCUCCUCGUCUGUCCUCCAAUCUACAGUAGAUUUUUCAAAGGCAAAGUUCCCUACUCAGUUGGUAAGGUGGGAAUGACUGUCCUGGUACAUGGGUUAGCCACAGAGUUAGAAAACACAGGAGUCAGUAUCUCCGGUCUGUGGCCAGCCACAGCCAUUGAAUCGCAUGUCACCACAGUGAAAAAUGUACCCCAAGAAUUGAUGAGGAAAUCCAGUAUAUUUGCUGAUGCUUGUCUUCAUAUAGCUGAGGAAACAAAUCUAAGCUUGAUCAAUGGUAAAGCCUUGAUUGAUGAGGAUUUCCUGAGAGCCAAAGGUGUGACAGAUUUCUCCGCAUAUCGAUGUGACCCAGACAAGGAACCUCCCAGGAUGAUGCCUAAAGCCUUUCCCUCUCUCCUGGUGGAGGGGGAUUCUCUAACAUCCAAGCUUUAGCCGAGGAGAGUAUGACAUCUGGACAAGAGAAUCCUGGUUUGACAAACAAUGAAAUAUCAGAGUGGGAAGUUUACAGAUACAUAACUGCAAAACAGAAAGCG